AGUGGACGGAAGCCGUCUGUGCAGGCUUCCCGUGGGGUCUGGGGGCCACGAGUGACCCCAAAACCCCGAUCUCUUUUCCCGCCUAACCGGGAGGAGCCGGGCCGGCCAGGCGCGCCUGCGGUGCGCGAAGACGCAGGAUGAGCCCGUGCCCGCCGCGGGCCCCGGCCGAGGGGGUCGCCAUGGCGAUGCGGCCCCGCGCGCGCACGCCCGCCGCGGUUGGCAUGGAAGCGGAGCCGGGGGAGCCUGGGGGCGCCGCUGAUUGGCCGGCUCCACAGACGCGGCAGCGUGUGGAGGCCAAGACAAUGCAUCACAGCGACUCGAAGAACGGAGUCGUUCUGGCUCAAGUGACCCGAGGUCCUGGUGCUUGUCAGGUGCUCACAAGAGCCCAGCUCGGCCAGGAUCCCUCACAGAGGACAGUGUUGGGGGUGCUAAGUGAGAAUGAGCAGUACAGGAAGACCUAUGGCCAGGAGAUCACAGCGUUGAGGUGUUUUUCUGGACCAGAAAAUAUCUUCCCUCCAUCUGGAAAGAACUUGUUGUCUGACUAUGGGGUUCCUGAGCCAGCCAAGCAUGGAUUUGAUAUUUACAUGGAUGAGCCCGAGCAGGAGGAGAAAAACAGCUGCCCGGGUAGAGAAGGGGUGGCCUUGGAGGAUGUGUGUGAGGUAGACACCAGCACACUCAAAUCGGACCUUCACUUCCUGCUAGAUUUCAACACAGUUUCGCCUAUGCUAGUGGAUUCGUCCCUCCAUUCCCAGUCAGAAGUCAUGUCAGAAUUUGACACAGAUGUGAUGAAUGUGACUGAAUAUGCUGAAGAAAUUCAUCAGUACCUUCGAGAAGCUGAGACAAGAUACAGACCCAAAGCGCACUACAUGAGGAAACAACCGGACAUCACGGAAGGCAUGCGCACUAUUCUAGUGGACUGGCUGGUAGAGGUUGGGGAAGAAUAUAAAUUUCGAGCAGAAACUCUGUACCUGGCUGUCAACUUCCUGGACAGAUUUCUUUCCUGCAUGUCUGUUCUGAGAGGGAAAUUGCAGCUUGUCGGGACAGCAGCUCUUCUUCUGGCUUCGAAAUAUGAAGAGAUAUACCCACCGGAAGUAGAGGAGUUUGUCUAUAUAACUGAUGACACAUACACAAAGCGACAGCUGUUAAGGAUGGAGCACCUGUUUCUGAAAGUCCUGGCUUUCGAUCUGGCAGUACCAACCACCAACCAGUUUCUCCUUCAGUACUUAAGACGGCAGGGCGUGUGUGUCAGAACCGAGAACCUGGCGAAGUAUGUUGCAGAACUGAGUCUACUUGAAGCUGACCCAUUCUUGAAAUAUCUUCCUUCACUGAUAGCCGCAGCAGCUUAUUGCCUAGCGAACUAUAUUGUGAACAGGCACUUCUGGCCAGAAACGCUUGCUGCAUUUACAGGCUAUUCAUUAAGUGAAAUCGUGCCUUGCCUGAGUGAACUACAUAAAGCAUGCCUUGAUAUACCCCAUCGACCUCAGCAGGCAAUUAGGGAAAAGUAUAAGUCUCCAAAAUACCUACACGUGUCCCUGAUGGAACCACCCGCAGUGCUGCCUCUGCAGUAAGUGUCAGAACAGAAGCACUUCCAGAACUCAACUGCCAGAUCAACAGAAUUGCUCUUAAUUUUCAUAGGUUUCUGCAGCUUGACUCAACUAUUUUCAAUAUAGAUGCUUUAAAAUAUAAAAAUGUAUUGGUUCUGUUAGACUUUAAUAGCUUGUAAAAUAGUUUAGCAUUUUUAAAGAAUAAACUUGCCUUGUGACCAUG